AUGGGGUCUUAUUACAGCCCUUUGGAGAACUCACCACACUCAUCCAACUCAAACCCUCUUUCAGGUGUUCGAUUCUACAUGUCAUUUUGUGGCAAGGACCCUUUGGCGCCGAACAAAAUGAUGUCGUCCAAUUGGAUAGAUUACUACGCACCAUGCAACAACACGUGGAACCGUCUUUGCUACGUUCCUGGGCUCGAAGAGAACCACGUCCUCAAGGGGUUCUCGAUGGUCUUCCUCGCCAACUCCAUCUACAUCAUUGGCGGCAAGGUCUGUCAUAAGAAGGUGGCGACUGACAACGACGACGUUGAAGAUCUCGACGAGCGCAAGGUUCGGUCCACGGUUCUACGCUACGACUUACGUAACGGCACCUGGUCAGAAUGCGCGUCGCUCCACGUGCCAAGAUUCGAUUUUGCAUGCACCGUCGGCGAGGACGGUAAAAUCUACGUGGCCGGCGGAAAAUGCCUGAUUGACGGCGGUAACGGCGUUUCUUCUGCUGAGGUGUACGACCCGGCUCUCGACGAGUGGGCUCCACUCCCCGACAUGAACACCUCCAGGUACAAAUGUGUGGGGGUGACGUGGCAAGGGAGAGUCCACGUAGUGGGUGGCUUUGCAUGGGAAGAGGGGUCUUUUUCAGUCAAGGAAAGGUGUUCUGCUGACAUGUUGGAUUGUGGUAGUGACACGUGGAGCCUCGUGGUGGGGAUGUGGCAGCUGGACGUACCACCUAAUCAAAUCGCGGCAGUUGAUGACAAGCUUUACAGCUCCGGAGACUGCCUAACCGCUUGGAAAGGUCAUAUAGAGAUGUACGAUAAGAAACUUGGGAUAUGGAACGAGGUUGAGGGGUCCAACUUCGAGCCCAUGUACUCUCCAAUUUCCACGUCGGAUGCCACGGGGGACAACUGGCCUCCCAUGCGACGUCUUUACCUUACUAUGGCACCUAUUGGGACCCACUUGUAUUUUUUCGUGGGGCAUCAAAAGCCGGGAGAGAUAGUGAGAACCAUAUCAGCAGUACACGUGUUUGACACGUCAGCAAGUGGAGACGAAUGUGGUUGGACCAGCUUUGAGCACAUGGAAGAGGAAGGAGAAAAGGAGCUUUGUAGCCACUGUUGUGUCGGAAUUCUACAGUUCACCUAGAUACCUAGUAGGGUU